GUGAGCUGAUGUGUAAGCCAGGUCAGAGUGGACCAUCCUAUGAGUCUCUACAGGAAGUAUUUGAGAGAAAGCCUUUCAGACCUUCUGUGAAUCUGAGUAACCCCACCAUUGCCAACAUCUCUUUCACCCUGUAUGCUGUACUUGGAGUGAAUGAGAAGACUCAGAUCCUCACCACUUUCCUCUGGCUGCGGUUGUACUGGUUUCAUGAAUUCCUGAUCUGGGACCCUGAGGAGUGUGAUGGGAUCACUAAGAUCUCACUUCCAGUUAGCAACCUCUGGUCACCUGACAUCAUCAUCUAUGAGUUUGUGGACGAUGAUGUAUCUCAGGCAUGUCCAUAUGUCUAUGUUAACCACACGGGUCACAUUCGUUAUGAUCGGAUGCUGAGACUCGUCACAGCGUGUAACCUCGAGAUCUUCAGUUUCCCCUUUGAUGUUCAAAACUGUACCUUUACCUUCGGCUCCUACAUGCACACAAUUCGGGAUGUGAGGGUGAAACCCGCUCUACCCUUCGACCAGAUGUCAGAGAACUCGAAGCGUUACCUGGAGGCCAGCGGGGAGUGGGAGCUGGUGGUUAUUUUGGGAGAAGCAGGAGUUCUAAACUUCGGUGUAGACGAGUGGGACAUCAUCACCUUCUGGGUGGUGAUCAAGCGCCGGCCAAUCCUCUACGUGGUAAACUUGCUCAUCCCGAGCUCCUUCCUCAUGAUCAUUGACAUUCUGUCCUUCUAUUUGCCACCUCACAGCGUCGACCGCGCCUCCUUUAAGAUGACGCUGAUUCUUGGUUACACCGUUUUCCUGCUCAUCAUGAACGACCUGCUGCCGAGCACGGCCAACGGCACACCAAUCAUCGGUAUUUAUUUCUCUGUGUGUUUGGCUAUGAUGGUCAUCAGUCUGCUGGAGACGGUUAUCAUCACCAACGUCCUUCAUCACAACUCCAUGAAGUACCGCCCGGUUCCUCAGUGGGUCCGACUUGUGGUGCUGAAAUACAUCGCUCGCUUCAUCUGUUACAGCGAUCCAGACAUCACACACACCCAGAGGAAAAUAAUGGAACAAAGAGAGAUCUGGAGCACACAAGACACACACACCAACACUACACAACACACACAUGCUAAUGCAGCAGUGGGUGUGUCCCCCCUGUGUGUCCCUGAGCUGGUGGAGAUCAGCGAGUGUGUGCGAGCAAUUCGUGCUCGCCUCACCCUGUUGCAGCGAGAGGAAGCUCUGCAGGAUGAGUGGUGUCAUGUCGGCUACGUACUUGACUUCCUGCUGUUUCGCAUUUACCUCAUGCUCAUCACCUGCUAUGCUUUCGUUAUCAUCUUCAUGUGGUGCAUCUGGAUGUACCAGUGAUACACGCACACACACACACACACACACACAUUGUAUGCACUGUGUGUUAUAAGCUGUGCUCAUACUGCUUA